AUGGCUUUGUUAACUGUUGCUGUUGGUGAAGCUAAACCAAAUGAAACUGCUCCAAGGAGAAGAGCAGCUCAAAAAGAGGCAUCUAUCGACCGUCCAGCUGACUGUAAAGGAACCACCAUUCCAGAAUUUAUUGAGGAAUGUUUUAAGAGAAAUGGAAACAAGAAUGCUAUGGGUUGGAGAGAUUUGAAAGAAGUUUACGUUGAAACCAAGGAAAUUACCAAGAAUAUCGAUGGUGAAACCAAGAAAAUUUCUAAAGAUUGGACUUAUUACGAAAUGGGACCAUACAAUUAUAUCAAAUAUCCAGAAUUGUUGACUUUGAUUAAAAACUACUCCAAGGGUUUAAUUGAAUUGGGUUUGAAACCAAAUCAACAAUCAAAAUUGAUGGUUUAUGCCUCGACUUCGCAAAAAUGGUUACAAACAUUUUUAUCAUCAACUUUUCAAAAUUUGCCCAUUGUUACUGCUUAUGAUACUCUUGGUGAACUGGGUUUAACUCACUCGUUGGUUCAAACUGAUGCUGAUGCAAUUUUCACUGAUAAUGCUCUUUUGAAAACAUUGGCUAAUCCAUUGAAGGAAGCUAAAAAUGUCAAAUUUAUCAUUCAUUCGGAACCAAUUGACCCUAAUGAUACCAGAAAAAAGGGUCAACUUUACAAGGAUGCUCAAGAUGCUAAAGAUGCAUUGUUGAAGGUUAACCCCAAUUUGAAAUUUAUCCCCUAUGCUGAAGUUAUUGAAUUGGGUGCUAAAUCAAGUCAAGAGUUGCACUUGCCAACAGCUGAAGAUUUGGCAUGUAUCAUGUACACAUCAGGUUCAACUGGACCGCCAAAGGGGGUUUCCAUCACCAAUGCUAAUAUCUUGGCUGCUGUGGCUGGUAUUUCCACCAAUGCUGGUAGAGAUAUUGUUGGAGAUGGAGAUUCAGUUAUUGCAUUUUUGCCAUUGGCUCACAUUUUUGAAUUGGUGGUUGAAUGUCUCACCUUGUGGUGGGGUGUACCAUUGGGAUACGCCAAUGUCAAGACUUUAACUGAAGCUUCAUGCAGAAACUGUCAACCGGAUUUGGCUGAAUUUAAACCAACAAUUAUGGUUGGUGUUGCUGCCGUUUGGGAGUCGGUGCGUAAGGGAGUUUUGGCCAAGUUGAGCAAGGCUCCUUUUAUUGCUCAAAAAUUGUUUUGGGCUGCAUUUAAUUAUAAAGUAACCAUGAAUAAAAUGCAUGCUCCUGGUGCAUCUAUUUUUAAUUUUUUUUUCAAAAAGGUUAGAGAAGCUACUGGUGGUCGUGUUAGAUACACCAUGAAUGGUGGAUCACCAAUUUCCAUUGAUGCACAAACAUUUGUUUCGACAUUGAUUGCACCAAUGUUGUUGGGAUACGGUUUAACGGAAACUUGUGCCAUGGGUUGUCUUGUUGAACCAAAACACUUUGAAUUGGGUACAUUGGGAUCAUUGGUUGGAUCAGUUACAGUUAAAUUGGUUGAUGUUAAAGAUGCUGGAUAUUUUGCUAAAAACAACCAAGGAGAAAUUUACAUUAGAGGUGGUCCCGUUGUCAAACUGUACUAUAAGAAUGAAAAGGAAACCAGUGAAGGUUUUACCGAAGAUGGAUGGUUCAAGACUGGUGAUAUUGGUGAAUGGCAAGCUGAUGGUGGAUUAAAGAUUAUUGACCGUAAAAAGAAUCUUGUCAAGACCUUGAAUGGUGAAUACAUUGCCUUGGAGAAAUUGGAGUCUGUGUAUCGAUCAAACCCAUUGGUUAUGAAUUUAUGUGCAUAUGCUGAUGAAACCAAGGUUAAACCAAUUGCCAUUGUUGUGCCCCAAGAAAAUUUCUUGAACCAAUUGGGCUUUGAUUCCAACACCGCUUAUGAUGACCGUAAAUUGGUUUCCAAGUUUGUAAACAGCUUGAAUGCCACUGGUAAAGCUCAAGGAUUGAAUGGUAUUGAAUUGUUGCAAAGCAUUGUCUUGGUUCAUGAUGAAUGGACUCCCGAAAAUGGAUUUGUGUCGUCAGCUCAAAAGUUGCAGAGAAAGAAGAUUUUAAAGACUUAUGAAACUCAAGUCAAGAAGGCUUAUGGGGAUUCAUAA